GACAGGGGAUCUGUGACCACUGGCUCCCACUCUUGCCCACCGAGAUGGCGUUGACCCCACGACUAAGCUCUCUGAGCCUGAGGCGAGGGCUGGCUUCGGCAGUUAAGGGGGACCACGGAGGGGCAGGAGCGAAAACCUGGAAGAUCUUGACGUUCGUGGUGGCUCUGCCCGGGGUGGCCGUCUGCACCCUCAACUCCUGGCUCCAUGCCAAGCACGACCACCAGCGCCCAGAAUUCAUCGCCUACCACCACCUCCGCAUCCGCACCAAGCCCUAUUCCUGGGGUGAUGGUAACCACACCUUGUUCCACAACCCUCACGUCAACCCCCUGCCCACAGGCUACGAGCACCCCUGAGCCCGGGCGGGCCGCCUUUCAGUGUGUUGUCCACUAGCGGACUUGACAUGACUGACUCCAUUUUGUGCAUGCUGACAGUAACCCUCCAUUAUGUGCAGGCCGAGAGAACAACGUUAUUUGUAUUUUAUGCGAGGAUCAACAACAGAAUGUCUUCAAGGCCA